GUAAUGUCCAAAUCAUCUAAGUCCAGUCGUAAUUUUAUUAUUUCUAUUUCUUAGGAAGCAGUCCAUCCAAGAGUUAACAUUAGAGUCCAAGUCCAAAAUCGAAAUCAAAUUCACAUCCAAAUUAAGGUUAAUCACACAUCAUAUAUCAACAUUCAAAAUACCUCACUAUCAACUACUUCAACAUUAUCAACAUAUAGAAAAAUUAUGCCUCCAUGUCUCCAAUUUGUCCAAGAGAGUUACCGAUGCCGAGUUGAAAGAAAUCUUUGAGAAGUAUGGCCAAAUUGAAUAUGCCACUGUCUGUAUGGAGCCCCGUAGCAAGGGGUAGUAAUUUCCCUAUCUCUAAUUUACCCUAGCCCUGGCAAAGUAUCUAGAGGUUUUGGAUUCGUUAAAUUUGCCAAAAAAGAAAGUGUCCAAAUUGCUCUAGAGGCUAUGCAAGACAAAGAAUUGCAUGGAUCAAAAAUGAAAGUGGAAGUUUCUAAAAGAGCAGAGCCAAGAAGAAAGACCCCAGGUCGAUAUGCUGGUUAUGCCUACCGUCGAUCUAGAUCUAGAUCACAUAGAAGAAGAAGAUCUAUAUCAUCUGACUCUUAUUCAAGUAGUCGUAGAAGACAUCAUAGGUGUUAAAUUUAUAAAUAUUUUUUAGUCGUCGACGACAUUAUAAAAGAAGAUCAAUUUCAAAAUCAGCUUCUAGGAGUCCAAGUUAGAGCCACAGAAGGAGAAGAAGAUGAACG